AAUUUAAUUAAAUAUUACAGAAAAAAAAAGAAACAGUUCAAUUCUCCACCCUCUUCUUCUCCAGUUCCAGUUCUAGGGCUCCUCCACAAACUCUACUCUCACCUUCCUUCUUCUGCUUCUGCGCUGUCCCAAUUCUCUACAAAUACCUAUCCUUUUCACCUUCUUGUUGGACCAAUUCCAGGCCCUGUUUCGGCUCUGGAUUCGUUUUACCAAUGGUGAAAACUUCCAAGUCCAUCCACGAACGCUUCGAAGACGACGCCAACGAAUCGGGUGUGAAGAUUGAGGGGAAGAGUGGAGAGAGCAAGGCGAGUGGUCAUCGGUCUAAACACUCCGAGACUGAACAGCGAAGGAGGAGUAAAAUUAAUGAAAGAUUUCAGAUUUUGAGAGAACUCAUACCUCAGAAUGAUCAGAAAAGAGAUAAGGCUUCAUUCUUGUUAGAGGUGAUCGAGUACAUUCAAUUUUUACAAGAGAAGUUAAAUAUGUAUGAAGGGUCAUGCCAAGGAUGGAGUUCGGAGCCUUCAAAAUUGAUGCCAUGGAAGAAUUAUAGAGCUGCUGAUAGUUAUGUUGAUCAUUCUCAAGUUGUAAAGCGGGGUUCCAAUCAUGAGAGUGCUGUCGUUUUCUCCCAAGCAAUGCUAACAAAUGCGCCCAAUGUGAUGGAUGCUGACUUGGGUCCUACCGCAGUGUUGAAUGCAGUGGAUCAUACCCUUGUCUCUGCUACGCAAGGACUCCCCAUGAGCAUGCAUACACAACCAAUUGCAUUUGACCCGGUUGGAAGAAGUAGUUUAUCAACCGAAUCUUUGGACGAACCUGUGUCAGGAUCCGAGAACAUCUCCUCCAGGACCCAGGCUGAAUUGUUACCGGGUAGAACCUGUACCACCACAGGUUUUCUGAACCAGGCUGUUAGUGAUCAGGACGAUCUAACCCCAGAAAGUGAAUUGGAGAGUAUCUCAGGUGCCUAUUCCCAUGGGUUACUAAGUACCUUGACCCAGGCCCUGGAGGCUUCAGGCGUUGAUUUGUCACAGACCAACAUCUCAGUGAAAGUUGAUGUUGGAAAACGAGCCAAUAGAGCGAUAUCCCUUUCAGAGGAUGACAAACAACAAUCUUUAAACAAUCAAGUAAUGGGACAGAGUAUACAUGGAUGCUUCAGCGAGGACUCGGAACAAGCUCACAAGAAGCUUAGAACAGGGGUUUAAUUUGUCGCGCAAUCUUCUAUAUAAAUGUGCCUCCAUUGUUCUCUUCCAUCCCUGAGUGUGAUAUUAUUUAUUAUUAUUAUUAUUUUUUUGCUUUUUUCUUAGAUGGGGUGGGGGAGUUAAUCUUGGCCAUUUUUUUUCCAGGUCAUGGUCUGUUAGCAACUGGGAUUUCUUUGAUUGUACAUGUUCUCCUUGGUCCUAGUUGCAUCGAUAUAAUGUUACGUUUUUGGCGUUUGAGUUUGAUACAAGGUUGAGAUGAUGGAAAAAGCUUGAGUUUUAUUGUAAUGUCUUGUACUCUGUAAUUUUCUAGAUUAAUGAGAGGCCCAAAAUAUUUUUAGUUUUCA